CGCAGCUUCUACCAACAACAGCAUGGCAAUGCGCUACAGCACAACAAUAUGAGAGGCCUCUCUCACCUCUAUGGAUAUGGACGAUCCUUGGGGCUCUCCGUGGGCAGAAGAAUUUCAACACCCAAUCCCAAUCCCGAAUGCGAAGGGAGGAGUUGAUGGACUGAACUUGGCGCCGCUCACUACGGGGAAGGAUGGGGUCCCGAGGGAAACAACGGAUAGUCCUUGGGAUGUUCCUGCCGAUGAGUUUGGUGAUUGGGCGGAGUUGCCGGGGGAGCAGGAUAUAAGGGGGAGCGGAGAGGGCCUUGAUGGCGUGGGUGGUGGAUGGGAGGUUCGGGAGGACAAGGACCUGACAAAGAAUGAGAAAAGAGGUCUAUCGCCACGCUGGGGUGAACCACAGGCAAUAUCUGAUGAUGGCAUACCGAAACUGUCACCGGGUCUCUUACCAAAACCCGAAGAAAUUCUUCGACAACCCUCCCCAGAUCCUUGGGCUACGGUUACAGCAUUAAGUGACGGGGAUCACAAGGAGAAAGGAGAGGAGAAGCAGAGCCAGGAUACUGACAUUGGGUCUGAAAGCACACUUCAUGUGGAACCUCCAAAUGCUUCGGGCGUGGACAAAGACGGGGAGCCAUUACCCGAAACCAAUGAUUCAAUGCCCGAGAAGGAUGGAGGAGACGGUGCAAUUGUGCAGGACAGUCUUGUGGAUGGUUCCAAUGAUGCCAAACUCCCAACGGAGGUAGCAGAACAAAGCCCAACCGGAAAAGAAGUCGACGAAUCCUCGAGGCCGUCCACUUCUCCAUCAGACCACAGUCAACAUGACGAGGUCCCAUCGGAGUCGCCCAGGACAUCUUUGGAUGAGGAACCUAAACAAUCCCAGGCUACAAGGCAUGUCUCUUCGAAGAUACAGGAAUUAGUUGAGCAUUUUGAUGGGCUUGCGAAGGCACAGAUUGAGGAGCCUGUUGGCGUCCGGAGGAGCGAGAGUUCUGGACGUGAAGAUGGUGUAGAGGAACCACUCAAUCCAGAGGGUAUCCGCCUUGACGUUGGCAUUGAGGUUGCCGAGAAGGAUAAGGGGGAUUCAAAUGAAGAGGAAGAUGACGAUGAUGACUUCGGGGAUUUUGAGGAUGGGCAAUCCGAGAUCAGCGAGCACAUUGCUGAAGUCAAAGACCAGGCUGUUGCGAUUGCUCCAGCCAAUGAUGAAUUGGAAAAUAUACCGCUCGAAGGUCCCAAAGAUUUGGGCGCUCCAGCGGCAUACGCUCGGCCAAUACGGGCUCCGGAGAAAAAGUUCGGUCGGGUUGAAUUCGAUAUUGACAUGUCAGCAGUGGACAAACUCUAUCCAGAUCUGAAAUUCGAAGGCCCUGCUGAGAAGCUGUUCAUACCGGAUACGAUCCCCCACGACUCAUUCUCGUCUUUGGAGCAACGUAAGACGUGGUACAGGUUAUCGCGGUAUGGUAGUAUGCGGAAGCACAAUAGUGGAGAUGAGGAUAACUACGUUAGCAUCAGCUGGGCCCAGUCACAAAUUCGUCUAGAAACACUGAAGAUUGUUCAAAGAUGGAUGGAAGAAGAUCGUAUAAGUGGGCGGGUAGUGCUUGGUGGUGGCGGCAAAGAUGGUUCUCUAUUUGGUUGGAAUGAUCCGAAGGCAGCACCCGUGCCACUUGCCUCUGUAUUUGCCGCGAAGCGUGCGAAGAAGAAGCUACAAGCUCCGGAAGCUACUGUGCCCGUUCCUGAGGUUCCUAGGGAGUGGCCCAAAGACCUCGUAAAGACGCGCUCGACGUCUCAAGCUCGCUCUCCAUCUAAACAGAGACGACGAAGCUCUGCAAGGUCUACCAAGGAGUCGGAUGAUACCAAGCCGAAUGUCCAAUUCCCAGUAGCAAGUUUCGGUUGGGGUGCUGGAUCCCAAUCCGAACCUCCUCUUCCGGGGCCGGCUUCAAAGCCCAUCCCAAGUCCGCCGAGUUGGUCAACACCUCGACAGUCAACAUCAUCUAUUCCACCACGGCCUUUGUCGACUAGCUUUACCCAUACUCCUACGAUGCCGGCUGAGCAGAAGCCUGUUGACACAGAUGGACCAAAUACUCUUCCUCCCAUAACCAAGACUUCAGCUCCAUCCUUGCCACCUAACCCUGCUAUAACAAGUCUAUCCGGGGAUUCCGACGAUGAUUGGGGUGAGAUGGUAUCCUCUCCAGUUGUUACUGCCCCUCCAGCGCCGCCGCCCUGGCGGGGAUUGACCCACAAGAAAUCACAAAGUCUCAUCGGAGGCCCUGUACCGCCAUCAAAAGCGACCCUCAUUGAUACGCGACCUCCAACAUUUCCGUCAGUUCCAAGUCACAGACCCACUGCGAGUCUUGAUCAGAUCCUCGUUCCCAAGACACGUAGCAAUAUGAGGUCAACCCCCGGCAUAUCAUCAAUGAACACAUCUACUUCGAACACCGCCAUACCAACCACAACCAAAUUUUCCCCAGCUGCUACACCGGCAGUCACUACCGUUGCUAAUGGCAAUUACGACCCAUGGGCAUCAGCAGACUUCUCCUUUUUUGAACGCGCCCCGCCACAGCCCAAGCCUGCAUCACCUCCAAAACAUAAGCCGGCAUCCAAAUCUGUCAGUUUUGGCAGCCCCUUUCCUGAGCCUUUACGACGAAAUGGGGGAAAAUCAAGACAAGAGAUUGAGCAAGAUCGCAUCGUGGCGGACAUCAUUAAAGGUCUACCCGAUCUCUCCUACAUGCUACGGCGAUAACCCCCCCCCCCCC